AUGUCGUCCCACGAAUACCAAAGUCUACAAGAGCCUCUGAUGUUGGAGGAAAAAGCUGGACUAGACGACCGGCCCUGGACGCCUGCCACAGAUUCGGAUCACAGAAAAGGGGGGAAACAUCAGAGAUCUUUGAUUGUUUCCCUCAUCAUCCUUCCCUGGCUUUUGUUUCUCAUGCUUGGUCCCGUGCAGCAUCUUCUUGAGUAUCAGUUAACCUACUUUCAUACUGGGGUUGAUGAUAACUUGUCCGAAUAUAUGGGGGAGCCAUCGCACGAACUUGAUGCGAACUGGUCCAGCUUGUACCCAAGUGUUUACCAGCUCAUUCCAAAAGAAGAAGCUGAGAAGCUUUACGCAAAGACGAUGAUCUUUCCCCACGACAAAGAACGCCGCUAUGUGAUUGAACUUGAUGUCUUUCACCAACUACAUUGUCUUAAUAUGAUUCGCCAGACCCUGAGGCCUGAUUACUACAAGCCUUACGUUCCUGGGGAAGACGGUGAAGAUCUUCUCUUUGGACACCAUCAUAUAGAUCACUGCGUUGAGACUAUCCGUCAGGCCCUUGUCUGUGCUUCAGAUGUAACGGUGUAUACCUGGCAUUGGGACUACGAGGUUAAUGCGAUGAGAAAUCAGUUUGCGACACCUCACACCUGCAGAAACUUUGAGAAGAUUCGGGAGUGGGCAGCAAUUUAUGGAGGAGAGGAACUUUUUGAUGAUACGUAUCGAGAGAUGAAUGACCCGCUCGACCCAGCUACGUGGGUGGGUGGCUAUUCUGGGGAGUGA